AUGGAUCUUUACAGUAACCUCGUGGUACCACAACCACCAGUAUUCUACGCCACAUCUCGGGGAAUGCCCUACGUCUACGGGGGCAGCUACCGCCAUUAUGGAGGCUCCGCCUAUUGUUCGAACGCCUACCGACAACAGACCCCGAUUUCAAUGAACCCACUCCCUUUUCCACCAACUCAUAACCUCCUUGAUACCUACCCGGAUAAUCAACAGGCUACGGUCCACUGGCGUACACAAGACAUUCCUCCUAGCUCAACAUCGAAAGACCUCUGGGACAUCAAUGACAAGAGGCUCCCAAAGGCACCACGGAUUGACCAGUUUAACCUCUGGCCACAGGGACAUUGUCACCUCGUCUAUAAGAAAAUGAGCUGCGAUUCAGUCAAGCGGCAUGCGAGCGGUUGGGCGAUGCGGAAUACAAACAACCACAACAAACAGAUACUGAAGAAAAGCUGUCUUGGUGUCCUGCUGUGUGAUUCUCCCGGCUGCGACGUGGCACUACGACCGGCAAUUUGUGACAAGGCACGAAAAAGCCAAGAAGGCAAACAAUGCACGCGAAAGGGGUGCCCAGGCCGGAUCAGCCUUCGUCCAUGUCACGGCCACGGUGGCUAUCCUGUGACGCAUUUUUGGCGUCACAUCGGUGACCUUGUGUUCUUUCAGGCCAAAGGGACCCACGAUCAUGUACGUCCCGAACUCAAGGCCAUUCGAAGUAAGCCCAACCGCUCUAAGCCCGCCAACUCUGCCUCUACCAACUAUCCUGUCAAGCUUGAAGAAAAUACUCCCAAAUCUACUCCAGUGGCUUCGUCGUAUUCCUCAAUUUACCCUACUCAUGCUAAUCAAUUUCCGGGUGUGUGCGACCCCUCAUACGGGAUGGCAAAGGCAGUUGUCGCGGCCGCCGCAGCAUCAUAUAACAACUUUCCAGGAGGUGGUGGUGUUGGCCUUUGUAGCCCUCCUCGCCCUCCACCAUUUCAUUCCGCACCCCCUCCCCUAAAACGUGAAGACCCCGCAUUUAAUGACAACGGCUUUCAAUAUCAGAUCAGCUCAACCACCACAGCCUCAGGUGGAUGUGGGCUGGAAAAUGGCUCCUGGUCUAACAACCCCUCUCCGCCUCCAGUCAACGCACAGGGGGAGGGGGAUUUUCCUCCAUGGCCGCCUCAGACGUCUAGACCAACUUCAGAAUACUAUCCUAAUCACCACCACCCCCUUCAGGCGUCGAGUACACCUAUUCGGACUCACUUUCUUACCCAACCAUCUAAUGCCGCAUUCCCCUACCUACCUUUUGACAGUUCCUCCCUCAGAUCUUCGGGAACCGGCAGUAACAGCAACAGCAGCAAUGACAGAAGGUUAUCAUGA